AUGAUUCUUGACAAUGAUAUACUUUGCCGCAGAGGUAAAGGCGGACACCCAGGAAACUCCAACCUUCGGGGGAAAACCAAAGCAAUGUUCGUUGAGUAUGAAGCAGGUAACAAACAGACCAAAAAAAAGAUUGCGGAUGACCUCGUAUUGGAAGUACAGGUCAAUGGCGGGCGAUUCAUGGGAUGGGACGAGGACAAUCCACGCUACUUUGAGAUGUCCAACCGGGACGCUGUGAAGGUUGUCAAAACAGGAUUUGACAGAUUCAAACACAAACUGAGUAAGGGUCGAGCUAAGCAACAACUCGCCCAAAAAACCAGUAGUGCCAUCAAAGAUGUUGGUUCUGGUGAAGCCCCAUGCAAGAAGAAACCAUCAAAUGGUAACGAGAUUGCGACUCUGGAACCAAUUGACGAGGUGAUGGUUGAUUCACUGGGAUCACUUUCAGAUAAUUUGUAUAGAGAGUUACUGCAGGAUCUUUAUGGUCCCUUUGAAGACGAGCUUGCAGUUCAGAACAAACCGUUGCGAGAUGAAGGUGACGAUUCGGCAAGAGGUAGGCUGCUGGCCCUUUUAUCCGAUGAGGGAAGCGAGCAACUCGCAGAAGCUGUACUAUCCAUCGUGAACUCAUCAGCAGGCCCAGAUAUAGCAACAUCAGCUACACGCAGCAGCAUUUCUUUGACCUUGGACUAUCAAGCACAAACUACUCUAAAAAAGGCAAAGAAAUCCCUUCAGCAGCCACAAUGGAGGCAGUCGAAACGUCCUAGACGAAAUGCCCCAGGGAUAACCAAAGAAGAUGGAGGCAGUCAGCCAGACGAUGCUUUGGGUAAAGUUGGAGCAUUGAAGGACGAUUUAUCGAAAUCCAUUUACAGCUCUCAAUUAGUUCGACCCUUAACGACCGAACGAGUCAUGGCUAAAAUCAAAAUUGAGAAGCAACUCAGAGUGGGCAACAAGAACGACAGAGAAUACACUGGUUCGACUCUGGAGGGCAAGCCGCAUGGCUCGGGUUUCAUGAUCUUCAAGAAUGGUAAAAUCCUUUGCGGGAACUGGCUACAUGGAGUUUUCGAAGGUCAAGGAUGUGCUCUCUAUGAGAAUGGGGAUACAUGCUUUGGAUCAUUUCUUGAGAACAAGGUGCAUGGCUAUGCAACCUACAAGACAACGUUCACCAAGUACGUCGGUCAAUACCAUAUGAACAAAAGACACGGAAAAGGAGUGCUCAAUGACAUGGAAAUGGGCAUAUACAAUGGUGACUUUGUGGAUGGUAAAUUCGAAGGCCUAGGAGUGCAUACACCCAUUAGUGGGAACAUCCAAAAAUUUCGAAAACUGGAAAAUCAAGAAGGGCAAUGGCAGUGCUGA